AUGAAGCCUUCAUGCCUCCUUUUCAUGGCCGUAGUCUGGCUGAACAUCUUCUGUUUUCAAGCGCCUAAUGGACAACGUAAUAAAACAAGAACUGCUUACCAAGCAUUCAAAAACUGCAAUAGCACUGUGUGUGCUGCGCGCGUGUCUUUCUGUAUUAUCAUGAAAGAUUGCGGCUGUGGAACUGAAGCUUCGAGCAAACUUUGCGAGUGCUGUGAGAACUGUUACAGAUGCCUUGGCUCUCAUCUUUGGGCAAAAUGCUGCAGCUGCGUUGGACUUUGCGGAAACUGGACUCUUAACUUCACAGCACUAAAUGCCACUGGAAUACCAAGCAAGCCUGGAAACUUGACGGGUAAAGCUUUGCCAUCACUUUUUGAAUUGUUGAGUUACCAAUCGAAGUUGCCUGUGACCUUCCUCACGAGACCGCGCAAGGGAAAUUUUACAGGUAGCUAUAUGUAGCUGUAUUUCUCAGAUUAUUUUUUACAUCUUAUAUUAAACCGUUUUUUCUUAGUUGUGCUUUAACUCAAAAACUGAGCUUCACUGAGCCAGGAGUAGUGUUAGAAGACACUCGGUAAGCGCGAGUAAUGCCUAGGAACGAAUUCCUGUGCUUGCAGUUUUUUCUAGUUUAUCACGGUAAAGUCGCAAAUGAAUAUGUAUUUUCACUUGCAGCUAUAUUCAUGAAAUCGAAAACUGUGUUUCAAGAUCAAGUCUUCUUGUCCGAGAUUUAUUAAUUUUUGCAAGUAAAUAUUUACAGUGAAUCGUAAGAAAAGUCUCUUCUCUUCUUCUUGUCCUUCACCUUCAAAACGUUUCUCUAUCAUGUUGAAACCAGUUAGGUGUCACAAUUAUUCAGUGGCUUAUUAACUGCCGUUAGUUUAUGUCAAUAAAGAGGCGACGUGGAAGUUAAAAAAUACUCAAAUAUUUUUUUUCAUUAUUACGUGUAAACGCAUUUUCGAAGACUAGUGCAGUAGCGUGUCGUCAGUCAUUUAAGGAGCAAGCCGAUUAUUAUUUUUUUGGAAAGGCAGCUUCUUUAAUGUUGAAGUUAUUUUAAAAUUUUUAUGCUGAGAAAGUUUAGUUUUCAUGCCAUUUUUUGUGAGGCACAAGGUGACUAUAGAUAGACAACAGAGUGUAAAACAUAAUUAUCUUCCUAUCUUUUUCUCACUCCUUUCAGUAUUCUGCCUUAUCCCGCGAACAAGCCUAGAGAAUUAAAUAUUAAACGCUUUUCACCUUAGACUGACAUUGUGGGACGAUAAGCUAGAGUGUGGUACCAGAAAUAAGAGAGUAACUGGAGAUCAUUUGGGCUUCGAAAACAAAAAUUGUGCAUGAGAAUGAGUUUUCAAACCGUCAGGUUUGUAUGCUUGAUCACUUUUUGGUCCUUUUUAACUCGACACUACGACAACAAGUUUAUUUCAAAUUAAGUAUAGCUUACAAAGCUUGUACCCGCAAAUGUUUUGAAAUACUCGUAUUUGUUGGCCAACAUCCAGAGAGAGUUACAGCUGGGAACAGAAUUUGCUCGAAAUUUAAAGGGUAAAACCGUGGAUGACAAAUUACCCCCUUGAUUUAUGAGCGAAAUCAGCGAUAAUUCAAAAUUUCAUAUGUGAAAUUACAACAUAUAUAGUGCUGUGUGGUAAAGUUCCUUCUAUCUCAAUGCCAAGAUGGCGUUCUUAGGUUUAAAUAUAUUUCGAAUGAAGAUGUCAGGGCAUUGAAAGAAGUUUUAGAAACCUUAACAUACGAAAGAGCACUGUUUUUAACGGCAAGAAGGAUUCUGACGAGAAGUCAGAAAAUCUUGAGGUUUAGUUUAAAUGUAUGCUUUAAACUAUUCGUUGCGUGGACUCCUCGGCACAAUGAACAAGUGGAACAGGCUCAAGUUGGCAUACUCGUGAAAUUGGGAAGUGAUUUUGCUUGUGCGUUGUCAAAACUCAAAUGACUGCCCGAGCCCUUAGGCGAAGGAAUUUAUUACUUAGGAUUCUGACAACACGGUCGCGCGUGAAUAUAUUUCCUAAUUCCGCUCAUAACCGUUUUACUAAACAUACAAAUCAUGAUUCCUACUCGAGGUCAAAUGCAAAGGCCACAACUGAUGUAACCAGUCUUGCAUGGGUUGUUUGAGCUUCAGUUAUAAAGCACUCGAUGUCUUCUUGCAUUUACGGUAUAAGGCUGUUAUUUUAAAAUAAAAAAGAAACUGAAAACUUCAAGUGAACCAGAUGAUACUUAACGUUUCCUAAAUAGAACACCUAUAUUCAAUCGGUUGCCAAAUAACUUGGGGAUUGUUAUUUGACACGUUAUAUAGUCUUAUGUUAAGUCAUUCAGUGACCAUUUUAUUCGGAUACCAACUGGCAUUUUAAAUGGAAUGACCUAAUUUGGCCCUUUUUCACCUCUGUUUUUCUUGAUGUCUGGUUUCCUUUAAUACUGUUUAGUGUUCUUUAAAGGUGACGAGAAGGCCAAUGACCUACCCAUUAGGUUUUUAGCGGCUGAAAACAGAGACAAAACGGAUUUAUCAAAUAAAGAAUCCAUUGGCUCGAGACUGUAACUUCGCCUUAGAAGUACUGUACUAUAUACUGGGUGCGCCUGCAUGAUGACUAGGAAGAAACUUCACUAAUGGACCAAAAUUUUCCAAAUAAGAAAGUGGAAAGAAAGCACAGUCGUCUUAAUUUUCGUGAUUCAGCACCCAGUGACCUUUAGUGCAACUCCGAUAUUGAAAAUUCUUUGAAAACGAAGACCCCAGAAAGUCCAAUAAAACAAUCGAUAGUCUUCACCUCGUUUAUAGCAAAAUGUAUGGUAAAAAGGCCCCGAUAUUUCGUGCCUCAUUGAAAAGAACAAAGUUUGCAAGUCCCUUAAUUAAUUGGUACUUCUUUCCCACUGCAUUCCAAAAAUUACUUGUCUGUUUUAAAAAUAAGUCAACUAAAACCGAUAUCGUGACCCAGUUAACUACUUAGAAAAUUACCUCGUGGCUAUUUGUUUAUUAAGCUAAUUGUUAAAAUAAACAAACCCCUUUUAGUAGACUUACUAAUAGACUUGCUCACAAGUCGAGCGCAAAGCGCGAGCCAGAAAUUUGUUAUGUUUUCGGUGGCAAAGCGAGCGAGAAAGCGGGAGCCUACUACCGGAACCGGAAACGAGAAGCGACGGACUUUGAAAAAGUCUAAUUCACCAAGUACCCAGUUGCUUAAUCAGUUUUAAAAGCAAGGGCACUAAGCCAAUCUUAAUUUCCUUACACACCUUGUCCAAUAUCUGUUGGACUGUUUUGGAACAUAUAAAAAUAGUCGUCACUAUAUAAAGAUCAAAAGUAAUCAUUUUAUCGAGGGUAAUCUUGAAAAAGCUCCACUAACAACGACGUCAUGUGCUGUCUUUACUUUGCUUAACUGAAAUCCUUGGAGAUGUUUGUUUGAAUUACAUGUAAGGAGUUAACUACACUAAACACCCUUCGGUCCAGAACGUGAGUAACUUAUCGACAACCGAUAAAAAAAAUCAAAAUUAAAUUUGUAACUAUUGCUGUUCUGAUUUUUCACGACGUUUCGUAGACUGAGUCUUUCCGCUUAUUUUCAUUCUUAAAUUCUUAAAAUGCUUUUAAUAAGCAAGUUAAGCCACUUUCCUAAUCCAGCGACGCAGUGCCACUGAACUCAGCUAACUCUGCUUCGAGGACAGCCAGCUUCAGGCUUUUCCAGUUAUAAGAGCUAAACCAAAUUUAAGCUAAAUUGGAACUGGUACUUUCUAAUGUAGUCGACACAGGCACGAGCUCGUUCUAGUACCAAAGCGUUUAAUAAAACUACUUUGGCUUGAGAAGGUGGUUCAUCUUACUUACUGUAGAUUAGCCGUUCUUAGUUAUUCAAUAUAUAAAUGUUGUGGCCGACUCAUGCCUUCGCCUUAAAUUAUAUUAAAUCUUGUUAAAAGAAAAGGUUAUCGUCAUGUUUAGCCGUGCGAUCCUAAACUGAAACCAUAAAUGACUUAACUUCCGCUUAUUUUUAACAUCCCCUUGUUCCGCUGCUUAUUUAGUGGUCACCGACAAUGCAUGACUAAGCAUUAUAUAACAAACAACUAUCAAAUCAUCGCUAGUCAUUAGUUUAUCUUAGGUUUUCCAACCUCGCUUAAAAGCGUGUCUGCUUACCGUAUUUGAGAAGGAAAAAGCUUUCACUGUAUCCAUGACCUCACUAUACAGGGGCAGAUCUAGGGGGAGGGUGCAGGGGGCGGCACCCCCCUAUGAGAUGACCUGCGGUUUUCUAAUACAACUGGUAUUCCGCAAAAAAAAAAAACUAUGUGGUUUAUUGGUGUUGAAAUAGAGCAAGAGACGAGUGCACCCCCUCCUAAAAAAAAUCCUGGAUCCGCCCCUGGUAUAAGUAGAACUUUACAAUGAACUAAACUUCCGGUUAUUUCUCAAACCUUCUAAUUUUACUUAUAUAGUUACCAAUUAUCUAUGACAUGGCAAUUUUAAACGGAAUCAAUUCAUGGCUAGUGUUGGCCCAGAUAUUGUCUCCUAGGGAUAAUCAGUUCGGACUCUGGCGACCAUUUUUAAGUACGUAAUGGCUUACGAAGUGAUGAAGGUCAUUAGGGAUAGACUGAUCAGGCAGCGCUAAAUACAACGUUAAAGCUUUUCAACACGCAUUAGAUAAGGGGUUUUCAGAUAUUCUAGAGAAAGAGGCGAGUGACUUCAGUUGUUUUUUUAAAAAAAUAAAAAAUGCUUUAAUGAAAAUCGAUUGAUUAGAUUGGAAGUAGUUCAGUUAAAUUGACAGUGUGACAUGUGUGAGUGAGACAGGCACUCUUUGCAAGUCAUACAAGCAAAGAGCUCGUCCGACAGCUACUAUUUCUGUACCCUGGCUUUGCAUUUAAGAACGCCAUCACUCAUAGCUUUAAAGGAUUAAUGGAUUAAUCACUCUUGGAAAGACGUUUAAAAUGUUUUUCUUAAUUUUUUAUCCUUAGGGCCGGGCCCCGCGAUUAAAGAGUCGUAAGAGAUGAUCAAAUUUCGCUGGAAAGUUUACUUGCCGAAAAUUAUGUACCAUUUUCAGCAGCGCAAUGUGAAGAUGUAAAGAAACGUUUUUCUAUCAGUCCGAAGUCAAGAUCUUUCAGAGUCCUUGCUUGUUUGCUACGGCUGUGUUCUUUUUCUUUGUUUUGUUUUUGUUUUUGUCUUUUUAAUUUAUCUGAAGCUGCCUCAUUUGGAACAAUAAAAGAACUCUUUUUGCUUCUGUCUCCAGAAAUAAAGGAAGCUUUUUUGUGAAAAGUUCGUACCUUUGACACUUUUCCAGUGGCUUUUUUGACGGGUUCUCACCUAGAGUAAAGACUUUUAUUUAUUCUAGGAAAUCUUUAGGGAUCAAGAAUUAUUGAAAUGUUUUCUUUCUAGCUUUCUUCUCAGGCACGGUUACAUAAUAUAUAUAUUAACCUUAUUAGGACUAUUUAUACGAAGAAAAAUAAGACGCCUCUUACAUAAGACGCGUCUUAAAUAAGACGCGAACUGGACCAUUUAUACGAGCAUGUCUUAUCUAAGUCUUCUGUACACUUAAACUUACUUUUAAAGUGUAAGUUUAUAAUAUGAAGAUAGCAAUUUGUUUAGUAAAUAUAAAUUGUGAUAGCUUAAAGUUAAAAGGGUCUACUUACACCAGUAGACGUCACGCAUUUGUCCAGGAGGUCUAUUACCGCCUUCUUACAUAAUAACAAAAAAUCUUUCUCCUCCGCGAUGGACCACGUGUUUCUUUUUGUCUUUAACGGCGAGCUCAUUGUAUUUGAGCGAAGAAAAAAAUAAAGCUAAAGUAGAAUAGGCAAGGAAACGAAAACGCGUUACAAUUUGUAAGCAAUUUUUCCACGCCAGUGGCCUGCCAGUCCACAGCGGGGCAAGCGAUAAUUUUCCCGCCAAAAAUUAACGCAUGCGUACUAUGCGUUCGCGUCUUAUGUAAGCGAAGGGAAGCGAAGGUCAUUUAUACAACGAUUUCCUCGUCUUAGCUAAGACGCGUCUUAUCUAAGAACAGGGCUGUUCUAAAAUAAGCUACGUCGCGUCUUAUUUUAGACGAAAUAUGCUGUUUAUGCCGAAAGUUCGCGUCUUAUGUAAGACGCGUCUUAUUUUUCCUCGUAUAUGGCCCUAUUAUAUACUAAACAGCUGACUCAGUAAGCGUUCUAUAGCCACACUUUGCAGAAUCGUUUUAUUAUUUUAAAUAGCUUAUUUGAAAUGCUUCCUUUUUCAUUGCUAUUGCAAUGAACUAACUACUGUUUGUUUCUUAUACCUCGGAGUUUUAAGCCGCGAAAUAUCUAAUAGUCAGGAUUUGGAACAUUUCCGUUAAUAAUAUUCUACUCUUCAUUUCAGGAACGUCCAGCCGUAGGAAUCAAUGUAAAGUUGCUUUUUAUAACACGUGUAUUUCAAAAGAAGAUUGUAUCAGUUCAUGUUCAUCCAUGGGAGCUUCCAAAUACCGCUGGUUUAGAAAUGGCUGCUGUCAGUGCAUCGGCAGUCGAUGCCAUGAUUACGGAGAACUGAACCCACUCUGUAAGGAAUGUCAGGCAGACUGA